UAUAAAAGCUACUUUUGCGCAUGAUACGAUUGAGCAAUCGAUGAAUUGUAAAAACUUGCCUAGAUGCUAAUACAAGAGAAAAAAAAAACAUUCAAUAAGUUAGUGUAUAUGCGUGUGAAAGAUUACUCCAAAUAUUCCGAUUCAGAACUCCAUGGAACUCUGGCGGAGUCGGGCGUAUCCGAUCUGAUGUCAACCAGAGUCCCUAAGGCGUAUGUGCGAGAAAUAGUUGUGUGUAUUCCUUUUUAAGAAAAUGGUAUCUUUGUUUUUCUCGCAGCCAAUGACACCUGCAAUCACAGGAAUGGAGGAACAGGAAAAAUUACUAGAAGAUGCGAUUGGUGUAGUAAAGGUCCAGGCUUUUCAGAUGAAACACUGUCUAGACAAAUCCAAGCUGAUGGAUGCACUGAAGCAUGCUUCUACCAUGUUGGGAGAACUUAGGACUUCUCUCCUAAGUCCAAAAAGCUACUACGAAUUGUAUAUGGCAAUUACAGACGAAUUACGGCACUUGGAACUGUAUUUGUUGGAUGAAUUUCAAAAAGGAAGAAAAGUUACAGAUCUGUAUGAAUUAGUACAAUAUGUCGGCAAUAUUGUGCCCAGACUCUAUUUACUUAUCACUGUUGGUCUUGUCUAUAUCAAAACAACGCCCGGCUUGAAAAGAGAUCUUCUGAGAGACCUCGUGGAAAUGUGUAGAGGUGUGCAACAUCCACUUCGCGGUUUAUUCUUAAGGAAUUAUUUGUUGCAAUGCACAAGGAAUAUUUUACCAGAUGUUACCGAGGGUGACGACGAAGAUGGGACUGUUCGUGAUAGCGUAGAUUUCGUUCUGAUGAAUUUUGCAGAAAUGAAUAAAUUAUGGGUACGUAUGCAACAUCAAGGUCACAGUAGGGAUAAAGAAAGAAGAGAAAGGGAAAGAGAAGAGCUUCGAAUUCUAGUUGGGACAAAUCUUGUACGACUCAGUCAAUUGGAAUCUGUGACAUUGGAUAAAUAUAAGAAGCUGGUAUUACCAGGAAUCUUGGAACAAGUAGUUAGUUGUAGGGAUGCAAUAGCACAGGAGUAUCUUAUGGAGUGCAUAAUUCAAGUUUUUCCCGAUGAAUUUCACUUACAAACGUUAAAUGCAUUUUUAAAAUCCUGUGCAGAAUUGCAAAAUGGAGUAAAUGUUAAAAAUAUAAUUAUAUCGCUGAUCGAUCGACUCGCAGCCUUUAGUCAACGAUCUGACGGAGUGGGAGGGCCGGGAAGUCCCAAUCAAGUGCCAGGAAUUCCACAAGAUGUUAAAUUAUUUGAUGUGUUUAGUGAUCAAAUUGCAACUAUUAUACAGACGAGACAAGAUAUGCCGCCCGAAGAUAUUGUAUCCCUCCAAGUGGCUCUCAUAAACUUAGCACAUAAGUGCUAUCCUGAUCGUGUAGAUUAUGUAGAUAAAGUUUUGUUUACAACAAUCCAAAUAUUCCAAAAGCAAAAUGUCGAUAAGUUGGAACAUAAUAGUGCUGUUUCAAGAGAACUAGCUAGAUUAAUGAAGAUUCCUGUAGAUAAUUAUAAGAAUAUAUUAACUGUGCUUAAACUUGAACACUAUGCACCCCUUUUGGAUUAUUUCGAUUAUGAGGGCAGGAGAUCAUUGGCUAUAUACAUAAUAACGAAUAUUCUGGAAAAUGAAACGUUGAUACCGACGCAAGAACAAGUAGAUGCAGUGCUCCUUAUGGUAUCUUCCUUGGUACAGGAUCAACCAGAUCAACCCACUAUAGAAGAGGAUCCUGAAGAUUUUGCCGAGGAACAAGGAUUACUUGGAAGACUAAUACAUCAUUUUAAAUCAGAAACGCCAGACCAGCAAUAUAUGAUAUUGAGCGCUGCAAGGAAGCACUUCAGCGCUGGUGGCAACAAGAGAAUAAAAUUCACUCUACCUCCCAUAGUUUUCCAAAGUUAUCAGUUGGCUUUCACAUACAAAACACUGAAAGAUCAGGAUGAUAUGUGGCAAAAGAAAUGUCAAAAAAUCUUCCAGUUCUGUCAUACGACUAUCACAGCACUGAUGAAAGCCGAAUUAGCUGAACUGCCCUUAAGACUAUUUUUACAAGGUGCGAUAGCCAUCGGCGAGAUUCGUUUCGAUAAUUUCGAAAUGGUAGCUUACGAAUUCAUGAGUCAAGCAUUCUCGAUAUACGAGGAUGAAAUAAGCGAUUCGAAAGCACAGCUGGCAGCAAUUACAUUGAUCAUCGCUACAUUUGAGCAAAUGAGUUGCUUUGGCGAAGAAAAUGCGGAACCCGUACGUAAUCAGUGCGCUUUAUACGCGAGUAAAUUGUUGAGAAAGCCUGAUCAAUGUAGAGGAGUUGCUACUUGUUCACAUAUAUUUUGGUCUGGAAAAUCUUUAACUACAGGUGGAAAAGAAAUGCAAGAAGGUGGUAAAGUGUUAGACUGCUUGAAAAAGGGUAUUAGGAUAGCAAGUCAGUGUAUGGACACGUCAGUGCAAGUACAGCUAUACGUGGAGCUAUUAAACCAUUACAUUUACUUCUACGAAAAAGGAAACACUGCUGUAACCGUGCAAAUAUUGAAUCAAGUAAUAGCGAAAAUUAGAGAGGAACUUCCAAAUCUGGAUACGAGCGAAGAAACCGAUCAAAUACAGAAACAUUUAGCAAAUACAUUGGAACAUUUGAGAAAUAGAAUGGAAUCGCCAGAUUCUGAUGGACUUACUUACCAAGGCCUUGUCCUUUAAUAGUGCGUAAACGAUAUUGUAAUUUUGUAAAUAAAAUAUUUCUAUAAUAUGGACGAUAUUAUAAGUCGGUUGCACCAACAACGGUUAAUAGAUUCUGAUUAAUUUUUCAUUUUAUAUAUCUUUACUAUAGACAGAACUGUAAAUUAAAAGUGAUAAAUAAAUCACCAAUUUGAAAUUAAUUUACUAUGAUUGUUGUUGCAACUCAGAGAUCAAUAGUUAUGAGAUUAUUUCUUAACUGGAUAGAUGUUUAAAUUAUAUGAAAAUGCCUAUACAAGAUGAUUUGUUACGUAUUGAGCGUACAUAUUGGAAUUAAUAGAAUUGUAUGUAUACUUGUUUUAAUAAAGAUUUAUUAUAUAUACAUCUAUAUCAAA